ACACUAUAAUGUAGGUGAAAUGUACGAAUGUCGAAACGAGUGCAGAAAUUUCACAACAAUAGUUCGUGAUAGUUACACACGUCAAGUGCGAUAGUAACCCUGUAAACAAUAAAAAAACUCGCGCUAUUACACAUAAAGAAGGGCGAAGACCAGUGUCAGCCUAAAUUGUUUUCAGUCAUUUAUCUGAACUUAAAGCCAUUGUUGGUAUCUAUGCAUUCUACAAAUGACUUAUCAUCAUAUUUCUAUGCCGAUACGGUAUCUGCUUAAAUUUAUCGGCCUUAUCUUUAAGAUAAGGUAAAGGUUCCAUCCAUUCGUAAAGUGCUUCUUGAGGUGUACAUACCGGUUUGAUUGAAAAAAAAGGGCGGUGAAAACAUACUGCAUGCAACAGCGUUCAUAAAAUCGGCAAAAUGGGAAGCCUAUUUCGAAGCGAGGAGAUGAGUCUGGUGCAGCUUUUUAUACAACCCGAAGCGGCGUAUCACACCAUAUCGGAGUUGGGGGAAGCUGGAGUUGUUCAGUUUAAAGAUUUAAAUGAGGAUGUGAGCUCUUUCCAACGGAAAUUUGUCAACGAGGUACGCCGGUGCGACGAAAUGGAGCGUAUCUUAAGAUACAUCGAGACGGAAAUUAAAAAAGAUAAGAUAAUGAUUCCCGAACCUUCGGAGAUACCACGAGCGCCAUUUCCCCGCGAGAUGAUCGACCUGGAGGCCCACUUGGAAAGUACGGAAGGGGAUAUUAAGAAAUUGAGUGACAAUGAAGCAAAGUUGAAAACUAAUCUAUUAGAGCUCAUUGAAUUGCAACAAGUUUUGGAGAAAACGAGAGGUCUUUUUAAUGAACAAGACGAGCACCGUACAUCCAUGGAAAGCCGGUCUUUGAUACUCGAUGAAGUAAACGCAAGUGGCGUUGGCGGACAGCACUUGAGUUUCAUGGCUGGCGUUAUAAAUCGCGAAAGGGUACCGGCGUUUGAAAGGAUGAUCUGGCGUGUGUCUAGAGGAAACGUAUUUCUAAGACAAGCCCCAAUCGAGAAACCCCUUGAAGAUCCCACGGUUGGCCAAGAUGUUUUCAAAACGGUUUUUGUGAUUUUCUUCCAAGGUGAACAGCUGCAAUCUCGCAUGAGGACGAUUUGUACCGGUUUUCAUGCUACUCUGUACAUAUGCCCAAAUGUGCGAAAAGACCGCGAGGAACUCGAAAACAAUCUUAGAACCAGAGUAGAAGACCUAAAUACUGUUAUUAAUCAAACCAACGAUCAUCGUCAGCGUGUGCUGUCAACGGUUACAAAAGAACUGUACAAUUGGUCAGUGAUGGUUAAGAAAAUGAAAGCCAUUUACCACACGCUCAACAUGUUUAACGUGGACAUUAGCACCAGAUGUCUAAUAGGAGAGUGCUGGAUACCGGUUAAAGCACGUCAAGUAGUGCAGCAAGCACUCAACGAUGGAUGCGAACAAAGUGGCAGCACAAUACGCUCAUUUCUAAACGUUGUACCAACAAUGGAAACUCCUCCAACCUUCAACAAUACCAACAAGUUUACCAAAGGUUUCCAAAACUUAAUCGACGCUUACGGUGUUGCUAGUUAUCGCGAAGUUAACCCAGCCUUGUACACCAUAAUAAGCUUUCCGUUCUUAUUCGCCGUAAUGUUUGGCGACGCCGGCCACGGUGUAAUAAUUCUCCUCUCUGGCCUGAUCAUGGUCUUGAGAGAGAAGAAGAUUAUGGCCGAAAAAAUAUCAGGCGAAAUUGCGAAGAUCUUCUUCGGCGGCCGCUACAUUAUCCUACUAAUGGGCUUGUUUUCGAUAUACACUGGUAUGAUAUAUAACGACGUCUUCUCAAGAUCCGUGAACAUAUUUGGGUCCGGUUGGGUUGUGACUUACGACAAUACAACCAUGGUGGAGAACAAAUUCUUACAGCUUAAUCCAAACGGAUCCUAUACGGGGAGUCCGUAUGAAUUUGGUCUAGAUCCAGUUUGGCAGUUGGCGACGAACAAAAUUCUCUUCUUGAAUUCCUUCAAGAUGAAGUUAUCCAUUAUAUUUGGGGUUGUUCACAUGAUUUUUGGAGUGUGUCUUAGUGUAGCUAACCACUUGUAUUUCCGCAACUAUGCGUCCAUCUUCUUGGAGUUUUUGCCGCAGCUGGUUUUUCUGGUUUUGAUUUUCUUGUGGAUGGUAGUGAUGAUGUUCCUAAAGUGGAUAAUGUUCUCGGCGAGUUAUGAACCUCCGUACUCUCCUGGAUGCGCGCCUUCCAUUCUAAUAUUGUUUAUUAACAUGAUGCUCUUUAAGAGUUCAGAGCCUCUCGACAAAUGCAAAGAGUACAUGUUUGACGGACAAAAAGAACUACAAUUGGCAUUCUUCGUUUGCGCUAUUGUUUGUGUGCCUGUUAUGCUUUUAGGCAAGCCCAUUUAUAUCAAACUAUCCAAGAAGCCGACGGUGCACAAACACAAUGGUAACGGUAGUAACGGUGAUAUAAAUGGCAUUGAGUUGCAGACGAGUACAGCGCACACACACGAAGCACCUCAAAAUGGACAUGGCCAUGGAGAUGAUAUGGGAGAAAUUUUGAUAACACAAAUUAUCCAUACGAUUGAGUAUGUGCUGAGUACUAUAUCCCACACUGCAUCAUACUUGAGACUGUGGGCACUAUCACUUGCACACGCUCAGUUAUCCGAAGUGUUAUGGCAUAUGGUUAUGCACAUGGGUUUUACAUUUGGAUUAUACGUAGGUGGUGCCGUCUUGUUCUUCAUUUUUGGGGCUUGGGCCAUCGGAACGUUAGUCAUUUUAGUCCUCAUGGAAGGCCUAUCUGCCUUUCUUCACACACUCCGUUUGCAUUGGGUGGAAUUCAUGAGUAAAUUUUAUGAUGGAGCAGGGUAUGCCUUUACGCCCUUCUGUUUUAAGAGACUCAUAGACGAAGACGAAGCGGAAGAAAAAUAAAAUUACAUUUUUAUAGCAAUGAUUUAUUCACAUUCUGUAAUGUUCUAGCGACAAUAUUUUUAAAUGUGAGUUUAAUAUUUUAAUUAAUAAACGUUACUGCUUACAUUUCGAUCCA